UCAACAUGCCCUAAUGCAUUUCUAUCAUACAUGCUGUGAUGGGAGGUAUGGAAGAAACAUGGGAACAGCCUUUCUCAGGACAUCUUUUGUUUCUCCCACUAACUCCAAAAUCACAUGAAGCUGUGGAUGGAGAUUCACCUGAUAGUCGCAGAAACCCCUCCCAGCCCAGGGACCAUGAGUAACCAGACACUGGUAAUUCAUCCAGAAUACCGGGUGCUCUUAUUUAGCUGUUUCCUCUUCCUCCACUCUGGGGCCCUCACAGGUAACGUUCUCAUCAUCUUGGCCAUCACCUUCAACCCUGGGCUCCAGACCCGUAUGUACUUUUUCCUGUUCAACUUGGCUACUAUGGACAUGAUCUGCACCUCUUCUAUCAUGCCCAAGGCGCUGGUGGGUCUGGUGUUGGAGGAGGGCGCCAUCUCUUACCGGGGCUGCAUGACCCAGCUCUAUUUCCUCAAGUGGGCUGCAUCCUCAGAGUUACUCCUCCUCACGGUCAUGACCUAUGACCGGUACACAGCCAUCUGCCACCCACUGCAUUACAGCAGCAUGAUGAGCAAGGCAUUCUGCAGUGGGCUGGCCACAGCCAUCUGGCUGCUCUGCGCUGUCAACACGGCCAUCCACACUGGGCUGAUGCUGCGCUUGGAUUUCUGUGGCUCCAGUGUCAUUACCCAUUUCUUCUGUGAGGUCCCUCCACUGCUGCUUCUCUCCUGCAGCUCCACCUAUGUGAACAGUGUCAUGAUUGUCCUGGCGGAUGCUUUCUAUGGUAUAGCGAACUUCCUGACGACCAUUGCAUCCUAUGGCUUCAUCAUCUCCAGCAUCCUCAAGGUGCGGACUGUAGGGGGAAGGCAGAAAGCCUUCUCCACCUGCUCUUUCCACCUCACAGUGGUGUGCAUGUAUUACACUGCUGUCUUCUAUGCCUACAUAAGCCCGGUUUCUGGCUACAGCACCGGGAAGAGCAAGUUGGUUGGCCUGCUGUACACCGUGCUGAGUCCUACCCUCAACCCCCUCAUCUAUACGUUGAGAAACAAGGAGGUCAAAGCAGCUCUCAGGAAGCUUUUCCCUUUCUUCAGUAAUAACUUCUAUCUUCUGAAGUUCUUAUUCUUGGAGAUUGCAGUUUAGUGAGGUCUGAUGAACAAAUUUCUGGACUGGGAGGCAAAUAGACUUGUUUCUUCUUCCCCAGCAGAAGUGUGCAAUGGAUGUGCUGGGAGUUCUAGUGCCCCAAGACUGAAUGAUGGGGGUAUUGUCAUAGGUGUGACCCAGCAGCUUCUGAGACACAGGAUCUCAUGGUCUGACCCCAUGGUGGUGUCAGUGCUGAGUUGGCAGAGAAACAGAGCUCCCUUGGAGGAGAAGCGUGUUCCUUGUGUUUUCGACUCGUAGCCAUAUCAAACGUUUUCCUUUUGUAUGUACAACACUUAGGGUAUAAAUUCUAAAAUCACCCUCUGAAUUUAGGUGUGUGGGUCUAAAAUGU